AUGGCCUACUACAGCCCUAUCGUCCCUACGCCAUUUAACCUCAUGACCUACGCACUCAAUCGUAUCGCCCACAGCCACGAAGUCAGGGAACAAAAGGAACAAGCGGAGAAACAAGCGGAGAACUCGUGCCAAGCACCUCCCACCAAGCCGUCAAAAUACCAAAAUCCUACUUCAUCUCCCAAUCCUACUCCGUAUCCCAAUGCGACUCCGCUUCCCAGCAUUGAAAUAAACCAGCAGAAACUCUCUCACACGAACGACUCGUCCUACCAUACAAAUUCAGGCCACUUACGAGCGGAGGAGAUGGGAUACUUCGAUCUGCAACAGGCAAAUGUGGAGAAAACUGCAGAGAAAACUACGGAGAAAACUGCGGAGAUUAACAAGAGCACGGGCAGCAGCAGUCCUAUUCAAGCGGGCACACUCUCCACAAUUCCACACCAGGCCACCAUACAAUUUGGCAGAGAGUCUUCCCUUCGCCUCAGCAGUGCUCCACUUUCUACCUCACCUCUCGCCUUUCUUCUCGCCUCUCAACUCGCCUCUCAACUCGCCUCUCAACUCGCCUCUCAACUCGCCUCUCCGCUCGGCUAUAUUCGAUUCGCGAAGGAUAUGGAGGCUAUAGGCCAAGGAUAG